GAAACCCCACCGGAGCCCGGCCUCAGUCCCAGCCAAAGCCGGUACCAGCGGAGCCAGGACGGCGGACCCCGUGCCCUGGCGGCGCCAAAGCCCCGGCUGGUCAAGGCAAGGCUCCUGGGCUGGUCAGACCCUACUGGUAGAGUCAAGAUGAGGCCCCAUCACACCCCUCAGUGAGGCCUGCAUACUGAGAAGAUAGCAUGGCCUGCCACUGGAGGUGAACACCAUGGCUGCAGGAGGUGGCCGGGCCUUUGCUUGGCAGGUGUUCCCACCCAUGCCCACCUGCCGGGUAUAUGGCACAGUGGCAUAUCAGGAUGGGCACCUGCUAGUGUUGGGAGGCUGUGGCCGGGCUGGACUGCCCCUGGACACUGCUGAGAAACUGGACAUGGCCUCCCACACGUGGCUGGCACUGGCACCCCUGCCCACUGCCCGGGCUGGUGCAGCUGCUGUGGUGCUGGGCAAGCAGGUGCUUGUAGUGGGUGGUGUGGAUGAGGGCCAAAGCCCAGUAGCUGCUGUGGAGGCCUUCCUGGCUGACGAAGGCCGCUGGGAGCGUCGGGCCACCCUCCCUCAGGCAGCCAUGGGGGUUGCAACUGUGGAGAGAGAUGGUAUGGUAUAUGCCCUGGGGGGAAUGGGCCCUGACACGGCCCCCCAGGCCCAGGUUCGGGUGUACGAGCCCCGCCGAGACUGUUGGCUUUCACUACCUUCCAUGCCCACACCCUGCUACGCGGCCUCCACCUUUCUGCAUGGGAACAAGAUCUAUGUCCUGGGGGGCCGCCAAGGCAAGCUCCCAGUGACUGCUUUUGAGGCUUUUGACCUGGAGGCCCGUACCUGGACUCGGCACCCAAGCCUACCUAGCCGCCGGGCCUUUGCUGGCUGCGCCAUGGCUGAAGGCAGUGUCUUUAGCUUGGGUGGCCUACAGCAGCCCGGGCCCCACAACUUCUAUUCCCGCCCACACUUUGUCAACACUGUGGAGAUGUUUGACCUGGAGCAUGGGUCCUGGACCAAAUUGCCCCGCAGUCUGCGCAUGAGGGAUAAGAGGGCUGACUUUGUGGUUGGCUCUCUUGGGGGCCACAUCGUGGCCAUUGGGGGCCUUGGAAACCAGCCGUGCCCUCUGGGUUCUGUGGAGGGCUUCAGCCUUGCACGGCGGCGCUGGGAGGCACUGCCUACCAUGCCUACAGCCCGCUGCUCCUGCUCUAGUCUGCAAGCUGGGCCCCGACUGUUUGUCGUUGGGGGUGUGGCCCAGGGUCCCAGCCAAGCUGUGGAGGCACUGUGUCUUCGUGAUGGGGUCUGAAUGCC